AUGCCGCCACGUAGGGAACCCGAUCAUCAGGCUCCUACUCAGGCUGCGGUAGUCGCUCAGUUCCGCGACUAUCACGCCGAAAAGUUCUCAGGACAGGGAGAUCCCCGCAUCGUUGAUGAAUGGAUUCAGGGGUUGGAAUUUAUUUUUGAGGUUAUGGAAUGCCUCGAUAGGUAUCGUGUAGUUUGCGCUCAGCUUCAGCUCACUGGUGAUGCAAGGCUCUGGUGGAAUUCCUACUGGAGCAUGCGUCCUGGUGAAAAAGCGGGUUGUACAUGGGACAUGUUCAAGGAGCUAGUCCGAGACAAGUACUACCUUUCCUACUAUCGGGCAGAGAUGGAGCGUCAGUUCUUAGCGCUUCAGCAGGGCACUCGUACUGUUGAUGAGUACGAGCGAGAGUUCACUAGACUUGCAGCUUUCGCACCGGAUCUUGUUCGCACGGAGGCUCAGAGAGCGCAGCGGUUCAUUGACGGGCUUUUCCCAGCAGUCCGUCACAACAUUGUGGGACACGGGACUCAGACCUACGCUCGUGCCGUUUCUAUCGCCCAGGAGGUGGACGCUAGUAUCAGGAGGGAGGCAGUUCGUGAUCGUGCCCAGCCAUCAGCCCCAACUCAGCCAUUCGCAGCUCCACCAGCUCUACCAGCCCCACAGCCAGCAAAGGAGAAGAAGAGGAAGGGAAAGGGUGCACAGACUGACCGGAGGACCCGACAGAGACAGCAGCCGAUUCCACCGUGCCCGACUUGUGGUCGACUUCAUCGGGAAGAGUGUCAU